AGGUGGCGCCGAUGCAGUCAUCAAUGUAGCGGAGGAAGAGGUGGGGAGUGGUGCCAGUGUAACUACGGGAGAUGGACUGUUCUCCGUAGCUGACAAAGAGUCAGGCAUAGCUGGGGCCCAUUCGGGUGCCCAUGGCCACCCCUUUGGUCUGCUCUCUGGCUUCCAGCAUCUGCAGUCCUCACUUUUUGCCUAGUUGAUAGUGUUGUUGUUGCCACUUCCAUCACUUUGCUGUCGAUGGAGAGAAAAUUAAUAGUACGAUAAUUGAUAGAAAUUGAGUUGUCCUGCCUUUUGAGGACACACUGGGGCUGGGAACUUUUUUUUAACUUGUAGUGUCAGUGUAAGUUUUGUAGCCCUGGAACAGCUUGGCUGGGACAAAAGCAGGAUCAGGGGACUGAGCGGCACAAUCAUUCUUCAUCAUAUUGAAAAGCAGAGCUGGCUCGAAGAGCCAAAUGGACUGCUCCUGUUCCUAUGCGGAGGUAGGAGGGUGACUGGAGGGUGGGAGCAGGUGUGCAGUCUCAGGAGGAGGCUAAUUAGAGAGUCAGAUUAGAGAGUCAGAGAGAUCUACAGCAUUGAGAAAGGCACUUCAACUCGUGGAGUCUGCACCUGGAUCAUUCUUUCGCAAUUCUAACGAAACAUUCUUGGAAAUCUUUUGCGCUCAUUGUGUUGGUUUCCCCCAUCUCAUACAUGACAGAGGCAGUCUUUGAGAUGGAUACCUCCUUUCCAGUCUGUUUUGUUCUGAGUGAGGACAGAAUGAACCUUCUCCCUCACUGGUCCAUACUGUCACCAGGCUCAGCCUCCCUCACGGGUCCUGCUUUUCCCCUUUUCCCCAUUGGUCGGAGCUGCUGUCAAUCGCUGGCAGGGGCUGGUCAUGCGUACUGUGUGUCUGAAGCGAGACGCGGUGCGUGCGGCGGCGGAGAAAAAAGUCGUCGGUUAAGUCAUGUGCAGCAGGCGGUUCUUUUCAAUGAGAAGCUUACGAAACAUUCAGUAUGGACAUCAGACUUCAUAUCAGAAGCUUCCAGUUCGGUGUUUAUUCCGAGCGAGAACAGUCUGGAUUCCUUGACCGUUCCUAAACCUUCGCACGACUUCUGGAACCGCUCAGGCGCCAUUGCCUAUGCGGCCGCUGCAGCCACCACCGCUGCGGCAAAUGGUGACGUCACUUCCGCCCCCACCACCGCAGGGACAACAGCCACCACCGACCAUGCAGCCGCCGCGAUCGCUGCCCAGACAACCGCCUUCACGAUCGCCAGAUGUUCCAACAUCUGCGUAUUUUUCUUGUUUUAUUCCAAGGAUUGUCCAUAGAACCAGG